AUGGGCCGAAGGGCCUUAGAGCUGCUUGCCGUCGUCUUGGUUCUUCUGAAUCCUACCCGUGCAAUACAGUUUGCAUUCAACGAAGAGGAGGUGACAAUCGCAAGUAGGCCAAAAUUCCGACACGAUCCCGUUUCCUCACAUGCAAAGGAAUGGAUUGACGGUCCUGACGGACAUGUCUAUCAAUUUCAUGUGGGGGAUCAAAGUUGGCUGGCUGCUAGAGAAUUCUGUCUGUCUCAGAACUCCGAGUUGGUUGUGCUGAGGAGCAAGGAGCAGACUGAUUGGUUACUCUCUCAUUAUGCGCCGACCUACACUCGCUUCAAUGAACGUUACAUGCAGAUCGGUUUGCUGAUGCCAGACGGACCAAAUCGAGAUUGGACAUAUUUGGAUGGGACAAAAUAUAACAAAUCUGUAAUUGCAUGGAUGUCCGGCGAACCUUUUGACCAUUCAGCGGAUGGUCGUGAACGUUGUGCAGUGCUUCGCGUACAUGCACGUGUUCUCGAUGAUGUUGACUGUGAAUCGGUCCCAAAUCCAAACGUUCACAUGCGAUUCGUUUGUGAACGUGAUCAGCUGAUACAUAAGCAGCAGCAAAAAUCGCAGAAUUUCAUUUGGUCCAAAUUGGAGAAACUAUUAGAGUUCUUCGGAUUUUCCAGUGGAACUAUUCCAGUCACAAAACCUUACAAUGAGACGGAUUCCGACGAAAUGGACUACAUUGAUGAGAUAAAGAAGCUGAAUAUCAGUUCCAAAGAACGAGAAGAAUUGAAAAGUAUCAAGGUGGAUCACGAGACUUCUAGCGAGGAACAGAAGGCGGUGGAAUCCGUACUGAGAACCUUGAACAAAGUGAGCAAGCCGGGAACCAGCGCCUUCUCAAAGAUCACUGAGGGAAAAGAAGGAAGAACAGGUCCCGCAUCUGAAGAACAUAGAGCAAAUACCAGCAGUGAACUGCUUACUGGUCCCAUCACGUCACCUGCGCUUUCUCAGGGAAGCACGGUAGCUCCUGGAGCAUCUAGGAAAACAGAAAAUGCCGGCUCCGCCAUAGAAAGUUCAACUGCGGUAACGGAGACCACAACCUCUGAAAAUGCAACUGAUCCAAUUUCUCCUGAGAAUACGGUGGACGAGAACACGGCAGUGAGUUCUAAAUCUCCAGCGAAUGAAGCGGCUCGAGCUCGUGCAGCUCCUUUGAAGGAAAUCCUUGACGUUGAAGGUAGUGGUACAGAUGUGGAACGAAGCGAUAUUGAGAACUCCUCAAAAUUGCGUCAUGAGAUCGAUCCAGAAAAGUUGGACAAAGUCAUCAGCACGAUGGAGAAAAUGAUUGAAAACUUGGAACAAAUACACCUCAGGGAGGAAAAGACAGGCGAAAAGAAAGAAGAAUCGGAGGCGAAUAGCGAAAAGAAAGGGGACGAGUCCAAGAAGAAAGAACAGAAGAAGAGAAAAGAAAAAUCUAGCGAAGCUUUAGUCAAAUUAAGAAAGAAAGGUAGCGAAGACCGGGAGACUGUGAAUGCUAUGGAAAAGGACUUCGAUGAAGAGGCCAGCAGAAGUUUGCCAAGCACUGAUAUCAAACCGCCUGAGGAGGAAUGUGACGAAGAAGCAAGUGGUGAGAAGGCGGUGAACCCCACAGCGACGAACGAAGAGAUCAUUAGGAACACUAUCGACACGGAAGACGUCGACGAUCUCAGUCAAAAGCCAAAAAUUCCGGCCGAAAAAGAGGCCCACAUCCAGGAUUUCUUGACUACGUUGAGGACUUUCUUGAACAGAGCCGAACACAGUGAUCUGAGGAAAUUGCUUGAUGAACAUCCUGAAAAAACACUUUUGGAAAAGAUGAAGCUCGCCAUCAGAGCCGCCAACGAACGGGAAUUCGAACGACUCAAAGAGCUCGAGCUAAUGAAGAAGCACGGUGUGGAUAUUUCGCAUGUCCCAGAGCCGAAACUCAUGGGUGAGACCGAACGGGAAGAACUAUACAACAAAAUCAGCCGAGUAGUUAUGAUUGAAGCUGAGAAGAAAGGAGAUGAGACAGUCACUCAACCGUCCGCCCGGACUACAACACAGGAACUGCAUAGGACAACAAAUACGGAGGUGCGCAGUAAAAAGAUACUGAUAAGGAAGAGCUCGAAAGAAUACUUCUCCAAAGAGGAGAGCGACAAGGAUGUGAACGGAAAGCUCAAAGAUGCCAAGCCAGUUACAAAAGAGAAAAAAGGAUCGGCAUCUUCGGGGCAAACAACGGAGAAAAAAACUGGAGAAAAGGCAGUGGAAGCAGAGGAAGAUGAGAAAAUGGUGAAUUCCACGGAACCGACUGUGAGUGAAAAGAACACUACUGUCAAGGAAUCAAGCGCUGAAUUGCCGGUCAGAACUGUGCAGCUGAAAGAAUUUGACGACAAAGAGGAGGUUAUGAGCAAGGAAUCUAAGGCGGAUGUGAAAGAAAGUGGAGAGGUGAAGGAGAAGAGGAAGAAAGAGAACAGGAGCAGGAAGGAUGACGAAGAAACGCCUGAAGAUGGCGUUGAAGUCGUUAAAACUGAACCUCUUAGUGAUGAGAACUUGAAGGAGAACGACGAUAAGGAGGAAAAAGAAAAAGAGACGACAGCAACGAGUGGAGAGAACGACGAAAAAAACACUGAAAAUGAAAAGAAUUUCGUGAAAACUGUACCACUUUCUGAAGACGAUUUAAGAGAUCCAAAAAAGAAUUCGGACGAGGCAAAAGAGAAUGACGAUGUCGACGAAGAUCAACUAGACAAGAUAUCUCCUUAUCCUCCGAAUCCUAGCCCGAAAACUGAAGACGUCGAUCACUCGACAGAGGAGAACAACAGCUUGGACUCGGAUCAUGCAGAUAAAUCUAAAUCGGAUAACAGUUUUGAUUUCCAGCAGGUCGACAAAUGGGACGGCAUCGUGAGUGGAGACAUCGCCACAGAAGCACCCGAAGAAGAAAUUCCUACCAUGAAAGUGGCGCCAGCGCACAACGAGGAUGAGGGCGAAGAGGUGGGUACCGUUAAAACUCCGGAAGCUUUGAGAAAGGAAAAGAAGCAACUAGAGAAGGCGAAGAGAAGGAAGGACCAGCGAAUGAAGAAAGUAGAUAAGGCUGAAGACAAAGAUGUAGGAAAUGACGGCCCGAAUGAUCGUAAGAACGACGGCGAUGACGACUCUAAGGGAAGUAAAGAAACGGCUAAUCUGUUCACACUACCGACAUUACCCACUCUUCCGCCGCUCGGGCAAUCACCACCAACAUUGCCGCCGAUCACACCUAUGCCUGGACUUGACAACCUGCUGCAAACGAUCUCGAAACAAUGGCGAAAGAUCUUUCCCAGUGCCAGGAUACCAACAUUCAAUCCAGAAGAAGACGACUAA